AUAAGAGAGAAGUCCGAGGCGGCUUCCUCCUCUCUGCCCAGAAUGGGCAGCGGGCAGAGGCGGGCAGCACCCCACUUCUCCCCGACGUCAGCACUUGUGGCUUCUGGGAACCGGGGCUGGGUCGCCCCAGGUCGGUCAGAAGCGGGCUCCCCUGGGACCAGGUCUCCAGCCCCUCCCAAGGACGAUGCAGCAGCCCUACUGACCCAGGAGUCAGGGCCUGUGGGCAGGGUUCCUGGAAUGGGCUGUGUGUUCUGCAAGAAGUUGGAGCCGGGGCCCAAGGAAGAUGCUGGCCUGGAAGGGGACUUCAAGAGCUAUGGGGCUGCAGAUCGCUAUGGCCCUGACCCCACUCAGGCCCGGCCUGCACCCUCCUUUGCCCAAAUCCCCAAUUAUAACAACUUUACCCCCCAGCCCACCAGCCCUGCCUUCCUUGAUAGUGGCACCAUCAGGGGCAUUUCAGGGACCGGGGUGACCAUGUUCAUUGCCCUGUAUGACUAUGAGGCCCGGACAGAGGAUGACCUUACCUUCACCAAGGGCGAGAAGUUCCACAUCCUGAACAACACUGAAGGUGACUGGUGGGAGGCACGGUCUCUCAGCUCCGGACAAACUGGCUACAUCCCCAGCAACUAUGUGGCUCCUGUGGACUCCAUCCAAGCUGAAGAGUGGUACUUUGGAAAGAUCGGAAGGAAGGAUGCAGAGAGGCAGCUUCUCUCACCAGGCAACCCCAGAGGGGCCUUUCUCAUUCGGGAGAGUGAGACUACCAAAGGUGCCUACUCCCUGUCCAUCCGUGAUUGGGACCAGAACAGAGGCGAUCAUGUCAAACAUUACAAAAUUCGCAAGCUGGACACAGGUGGCUACUACAUCACCACGCGGGCCCAGUUCCAUUCAGUGCAGGAGCUGGUGCAGCACUACGUCGAGGUGAAUGAUGGGCUGUGCCACCUGCUCACAGCAGCCUGCACUACCAUGAAGCCACAGACGCUGGGCCUGGCUAAGGACGCCUGGGAGAUCAGUCGCAGUUCCAUUACGCUGGAGCGACGGCUGGGCACCGGCUGCUUUGGGGAUGUGUGGCUGGGCACGUGGAAUGGUAGCACCAAGGUGGCGGUGAAGACGCUGAAGCCAGGCACCAUGUCCCCGAAGGCCUUCUUGGAGGAGGCGCAGGUCAUGAAGCUGCUGCGGCAUGACAAGCUGGUGCAGCUGUAUGCCGUGGUGUCGGAGGAACCCAUCUACAUCGUGACGGAGUUUAUGUGCCAUGGUAGCUUGCUGGAGUUCCUCAAGGACCGGGAGGGCCAGAACUUGAAUCUGCCCCAGUUGGUGGAUAUGGCAGCCCAGGUAGCUGAGGGCAUGGCCUACAUGGAGCUCAUGAACUACAUCCACCGAGACCUGAGAGCAGCCAACAUCCUGGUUGGGGAGCGGCUGGUGUGCAAGAUCGCUGACUUUGGGCUGGCCCGCCUCAUCAAGGAUGAUGAGUACAACCCCCAGCAAGGGACCAAGUUCCCCAUAAAGUGGACAGCCCCAGAGGCAGCCCUCUUUGGCAAAUUCACCAUCAAGUCAGAUGUGUGGUCCUUUGGGAUCCUGCUUACUGAACUCAUCACCAAGGGCCGAGUCCCCUACCCAGGCAUGAAUAACCGAGAAGUGUUGGAACGGGUAGAGCAUGGCUACCACAUGCCAUGCCCCCCUGGCUGCCCAGAAUCCCUGUAUGAAGUCAUGGAACAGACCUGGCGUCUGGACCCAGAGGAGAGGCCCACGUUUGAGUACCUGCAGUCCUUCCUAGAAGACUACUUCACCUCCACAGAACCACAGUACCAGCCUGGAGACCAGACAUAGCCUGGUUGGGAAUCAGCCACCACUCUGGUUGCCUAAUACCCUUUACAAAUUCCCAGGACUCUGGUCCCAAAGCCUCUAGGCUUAGAACCCCAUAGACCCUGAGCAUGUCAGAGGACAGGUAUUCUGACACCAUCUAGGGCAACCCACUCAUUUUAUAGAUGAGGCAAAUUGAGGUUAAGAGCUCAUCCCUUACCCACUCUGACCCCAAGCACUGUUCUUCGCCUUCCCACUUAAAUCUAAAUCUAGGACACCCCACUCAGAUUGAGGAUGAAACAGAUGCCCAGAGCUCAUCUCUCACUGACUUUGACCCCAAGUGUUGUUUAUUCUUUUCCUACUGAGGAUUACAAGCCUCUGGCCUCUCUCCCCUGCCUUUCAAAAAUGCUCACACCUUGUCUACUUAUUUAUAACAUGGAUUCCCCUUCUCCCACUUACUCCAAUCUUUGUUUUCCUAUCCUCCUGUCAUUCCUCUCUGGCCCAGGCCCCAAGGAUUUGCCUCCUGCUCUCAAUUCUCUUGUAAAUUACAGACUGAGGAAUUCUUUGCCGUAUUCCUUUCCUGCUGGUUGACUGCUGUGGUCCAGGAUUGGGGUCUAGACCCAGAUCUGAGGGAGAAAGUUGCUGAGGUCGCCUCUCUAAAUAAUGUGUGUUUAUUGAUUAUGUAAAUGAGGAAAAUGAUGAUAUGAAUCUUUGAGCCAAGAAAAUUCCCUGAAUCUUCCUUUGGAGCAAUAGUGAGGUGAACAGGACAGAUUUGGCUAUUGGGAGCAGGAGGGAAAGGUAAGAGAUGCCUUGACACCUGAUAAGCACAAGGAGUAGAGUUUUAGGAUACCCGAAAGUCCUACUACUCAUCCCCGUUUGAAUUUAGGAUGAGUUGAGAGAUGGGCAGAGAAGACAGGCAACUGGAAAUCGAUCAAAAUAUCCCCUCCAAUACCAGUGUGGCCUUCAGUCUGUGCACAAUGGGUUUACUAGUUGUUUACCUGAUUUCAGGAGACUUGCCACUCAUAGGCACAUUGGAACAACCUUACACCUCCUUCAAGAGCAGUAGGGAAGGACACCCCAAAGGGCCCUCUGCAGCUGGUUCUCCAAAAGAAGGUAGAAGGAAGGGGAAGGAAGAGGAGAGGCCUGAGGAUUAGUCUAACUCUAUGGACCUCACCAGGGAGCUUUUGGAAGCAGUUUUAUAUGUUACAAUGACUGAGGGCUCCUACUGGCUGGAAUCAAGGGUGCUAAACAACCUGCCUUGCACCUGUGAGAUGACAAAUUGUCCCACCCUCUAGAUCUUCCUUUGAGAAACUGGGGACUUGACUUGCCUCCCUGUGGAAACAAGGGAACAGGGAAUAAGGAUUCCCACUUCUCACAUUAGGAAAUGUUGGUUGACCCUGUGACUUAUUAAGAAUCACUGCUGCAAUUGGCAAACAGUUACUAGGCAUCAAUUAUGUGACAGGCUCUUUGCUAAGCAGAACCCUGAGAACACAAGCAUGAAUAAGACCUGCCCUUGCUCUGAAGGAGUUCUGUCAGGUUGGGGAGAGGUAAUAGUAAUAAUAAUAAUAAUAACUCAUUUAUUAAGUGCCUGCUUGCUGAAUGUCAGAUGUGUUUACAUCAAAAAAUUUUUUUCAUUUAA